AUGAAGGUUAUUUCGGGGCCCCUUGUCGGGUUGUCCCGCCUCCAGAGUUCCACUUUGGCUGGGGCCUUGGAGAGAUUUUGGCACAUUAUUGGGACAUCCAGACAAAAUCUGCAAGGCUCCAAAGGGCAGCAACCUGGGAACGCAGCAAUAAUGAUCGCAAACGGGGCAGCGCCAACAGGAAGCCCAGGUUACGGCCCGCUUGAAAUUCCUCUGUUCGACCUCUGCGCAUCUUCAGAUGCAUUUCGCAAACGCAUCUCUCGUUUGCGUGCCGUAUCUGUCAUGGAGCGUUUGGAAUCACACCUGGAUAGCGUAUGGGCUAGGUUGAUUGAGAGAGCCGGCCGUCUCCGUGACACAACCAGCAGAUGGAGGACAUAUUGUAUGCCGGAAAUCCUGCGAUGUCCAACCCUGGCUGUUUUCAACAACUACAUAUUUGAGGCUGAGGUUGGGCGGGACUCGGGAGAUUUCCUAAUCUGGACACUUGGAGUAGUAUUUUUCGCCAACAUCCAGCCAUUCCGCAACAACGUCAGCGGUUUAUGUAGACCAACUGCGGAGUAGCGCUAUUCAUGCUAUGGACAGAAUAUUAUUCUUCUACGGAAUUAGGGUAUUAACGCAUCUCAGACUAUUAUUAUUGCUAUCAGGGGAAUGGAAUGGUUUCUCUCCGCCAAUCCGCGGGAAUAACCAUGACUCUCGUCACCAGCACGUCAAGAAGCGCCUCAGUCAAGCCUGGAAAUCCGACCUAUUCUUGAGGGCAAAGCAGACUCGAAUCGGAGCCUAGCAAAUGCAGAUCUUGGAGCAUUUUGGCUAAGACCUUGGAGUGAGUGACCUUCUGCAUUCCCCAACAUUUCCGUUCAUUUCUCUUCUCGCCCCUUGAAUCGACUGUGGCGUGCAGGGUAG